AUGGGAUUUGAUAAUGAGUGUAUACCCAACAUUCAAUCUCUUGCUGGGGAGUAUUUUUGUCCGGUUUGUCGCCUUCUUGUGUACCCAAAUGAAGCGUUACAGUCACAAUGCACUCACUUGUACUGCAAACCGUGUUUGACAUAUGUCAUCAGCACUACUCGAGCCUGCCCCUAUGAUGGCUACCUGGUGACAGAAGCAGAUUCCAAGCCACUUAUUGAAUCGAACAGAGCACUUGCUGAAACCAUUGGCAAAAUAACCGUCCACUGUUUAUAUCAUAGGAGUGGGUGCUCCUGGCAGGGUCCUUUGACCGAUUGCAAAUCUCAUUGUUCAGGAUGUGCCUUUGGUAAUUCUCCUGUAGUUUGCAACAGGUGUGGAAUUCAAAUUGUGCAUAGUCAAGUGCAGGAACAUGCUCAAAAUUGUCCGGGUGUGCAGCCUCAAGCACAACCUGCCGAGGGUGCUCAGGAUGCAGCAAGCACAGGUGCAUCAACGAGUGGUGAUCAGACUCAGGUUGCCAUUCAAACUGGAGCAGUUACUCCACAGGCUCAAAACUCUAUGACCUCGACUCCUGGAAAAGAUACUACCCAGCAAAUCAACACAACUACCCAGGCCCAGACUGCAGUACAGGCUGCUGCGCCUACUGCUGAACAAUGGUAUCAACAGCAACAGCAGUAUCAACAGUAUUACCAGCAGUAUCCCGGAUAUGACCCAUACCAACAACAUUAUCAGCAAUACUACCCAUAUCAACAGCAAGCAGUUUCACAAUACCAGCAACCACAGGUGAGCACGCAUGCUCAGGCCCUCCAACCCCAGCUGCAGCCCCAACCUCAACCUCAGGCACCCAUUACUGCUCAACCUCAGAACCAGGCACAAGUGAAUCCACAGCAACAAACUCACCUUACAGUUCAGCAACAAUCUCUGACCCCACUGCAGACACACCCACCAGCACAUGGCUAUCCACCUCCUCAGGCUCAUUCCAAUCCACAAUCCCACCCUGUUCAGUCUCUUCCACAACAUGUGCCUCAAUAUCAGCAGCCUCCCUCACAGAUGCAGCAUCCACAGCCCCAAAUUCAAGCACAGGCUAACUCUCAGCUUCACCCCCAAAAGCAUCCUGUUCCUCAACCUCAUGUACAAACUCAGCCACAAACAACGCAGCCCCUUCUGCAAUCCCUUGCUUCUCAGCCCAAUCAGCCUGUAAAUCCCAAUCUCCAGACUCAGCCUCAGCAUUCUUCAGUCUAUGCUGUGACAGGCCAUCACUCUUAUCCACAGCCCCAGAUUCACCAACAAAUGCAGUUGGGAGACCCACAGCAUCCUCAAGGUGGACCUCAACCUCAGUCACAACAGCCUGUUCAAAUGCACAGUCAGUUCCCUCAACAGCCACCUUUAUUACCUCCACCACAAUCUAACGCUGCAGUUCAAAACCUGCAAAAACCAGGUUUGCUGCCUUCACCAGGUCAAGUCCCAAACAUUUCUCCUGCACAACAGCAGCCAGUUCAUUCUUAUGCACAUCAACCUGGACUUCCUGUUCAACAACGCCCAGGUAUGCAGCCAUUUCCGCAACCAAUGCAUCAGCAAUAUGCACAGCACCAGCAGCCUUUUUCUGGGCAACCAUGGGGUGAAGGUCACAAUCAAGUACAUUUGCAAAGUCCUUAUGUGCAGCAGCAGCUGCAUCCACAGACUCAGUUACGCCCCCAAGGACCACUCCAGUCAUUCCAGCAACCUUCUCAUGCCUAUCCACAUCCACAACAAAAUGUUUUGUUACCGCAUGGUGCACAUCCUCAUCAAGCUCAAAGUCUUGCAGUAGGGCCUGGAGUGCCAUCUCAUGGAGUACCAGCACAGUCAUAUCCACAAUCUACUGCUGGCAUGCAGGUUAGGCCAAUUCAGAUUGGUGCAAACCUGCAAUCUGGAAAUAUUUUAAAGACACAUAACCAUAUUGAAUUGUCUUCUGAGCAACAGUCAGGAGUUACUUCAAGACCAAUUUCUAAAAGGCAAGGUGAUAUUGAGAAAGUUGCAGAAGGUGAAUCGUCUGCUCAAAAAACUAUUAAAAAGGAAUUAAAUGAUUUGGAUGCUGGUCUUGUAGCUGAUGCAAGUGAGAUAAAAACCAUAAAAUCUGAAAGCAACUUGAAGCCGGUGGAUGAAGAGAAUAAACCCACAAGUGAAGCUAAGGAUAUUCCAGAAUCACUUGCAAUUGUAAAUGGAGUCUCUUCAAUUAAGCAGGUGAAAGAAGAGCGUAGAGAUGGUACUGAUGAGAAGAAAGAUGUUUCCAAUGCUGACCACAAAAAGGUGGAGCUCUCUGUGUCAGAACACAAGGAGGGUAAGGAUGGACCUUUGCUGGAAACUGCCUCAUCUCACCUUGAAGAACAAAGUAUGAAAUCCCAGAAGGACAAAACUCUGACUUCUCAAGGUUUUGGAGGCUUUCCUCCAAAUGGUCACCUGCAAUCUCAAUCAGUUUCAGUUGUUGACCAGGGAAAGCUGCAGCCUCUUCCAAUUCAUCACGGGCCUUCUGCUCUUCAACAAAGGCCAGUUGGACCUUCAUCGGUACAAGCUUCUCCUCUUGGACCUCCACAUCACAUGCAUUUGCCUGGGCAUCCUCCAACUCAGCAUGGGCGUUUGGGUCCUGGACAUGUACCAAGUCAUUAUGGUCCUCCUCAAGGACCUUAUCCUCAUGCACCCCCAUCUCAAGGUGAGCAAACACCUUCAUAUGUCAAUGAAGCCACCAUGUUUGCAAAUCAGAAGCCCAACUAUCCAGACAGUAGACCACUCAUAUUAUCAAAUGCGGUGGGAAUGAAUGGGGCCCAAGUCCCCAAUUCAGAUAGGUUUAGGUCUUUCCCAGAUGAGCAUUUGAAUCCCUUUCCACAUGAUCCAGCACGUCGCAUUGUUCAUCAAGGAGAGUUUGAAGAAGAUCUGAAGCAUUUCCCUAGACCCCCUCAUUUGGACACCGAGCCUGUUCCAAAAUUUGGUGCUCACUUUCCCUCAUCUAGGCCUCUUGAUAGGGGUCCUCAUGGUUUUGGUGCAGAUGGAGCACCAAAACCUCUUGACAAGGGAUCCCAUGGUUUGAAUUAUGAUUCGGGGUUGAACAUGGAACCACUGGGCGGUUCUGCUCCUCCUUCAAGAUUCUUUCCUCCCUAUCAUCAUGAUAGAGCACUGCAUCCCAGUGAUGGAGAAGGAUCAUUAAGUUUUCAUGACAGUCUAGCAGGCCGAUCAGAUUUUGCUCGAACUCGUCCUGGUUUUCUUGGCCCCCCUAUUCCCGGAUAUGAUCACCGUCCUGUGGAUAAUUUGGCCCCAAGAAGUCCAGGUAGGGAUUACCCUGGCAUGCCGACGAGGAGAUUUGGUGCCCUUCCAGGCCUAGAUGAUAUUGAUGGCAGAGGUCCACACCGAUUUGGUGAUCCAGUUUCUAGUUCUCUUCGUGAUAGUAGGUUUCCAGUUUUUCCUAGCCAUUUGCGUGGGGGUGAGCUUGAGGGUCCUGGUAAUUUGCACAUGGGUGAGCAUUUCAGUGGUGAUUUGAUGGGUCAUGAUGGUCGACCCACCCAUAUGCGUAGGGGUGAACAUUUGGGUCAUAACCUGCCUAGUCAUUCGCGGUUGGGAGAAGCAGGUAGCUUUGGUGCUUUCCCUGGUCAUGCACAGAUGGGAGAAUUGGCUGGGCCAGGGAACUUCUAUCACCAUCGACUUGGAGAGCCUGGAUUUAGAAGCAGCUUUGGUGGAAGCUAUGCAGGCGAUUUGCAGUCUUUUGAUAAUUCUAGAAAGAGGAAACCGAGCAUGGGUUGGUGUCGUAUUUGUAAAGUUGACUGCAAAACAGUUGAAGGCCUGGACUUGCAUUCACAAACGAGGGAGCACCAAAAGAUGGCUAUGGAUAUGGUUGUAACCAUCAAGCAGAAUGCAAAGAAGCACAAAUCAACUUCCAGUGAUCAUUCCUCACUUGAAGAUACAAGCAAGUCAAGGAAUGCCAGUUUCGAGGGACGUUAA